CAUGGAGAUUGAAAUUUUCAUUAAAUGAAAAGAAAAACAAAAUGAGUCAAUGCAACUUAAGAAGUGAUGUUGAUUCAAAACACAAAAUAGUCAAAUAUAAAAGCGUUAAAGUGAAAGAUUCUUUAACACAAAUUGGACCAUCGCUUAAUAAUUUAUCUAUGGUAAAAAAUCAUAAAGAUUCACAUUUUAGGGUUACUACACCAGAGAAACAAAAGAACUCCGAUAAGCAUUCUUUAAAUGCUUAUAGAAAGUCUCCGAAGUUAGACUUAGGGGCUUGUAAGAAAUACGACGUUCUUUCAAAUUUGGAAAGUAGAUCAUUACCUAAAGAAAAGUCCACUCAUACCUUCCAAAAGAAAAACAAUAUUGAGAAAGAGAUCAAACCAAGAAGUAUUUUUACUCAAAAGUCUCAGAACUCACCUCAAUUUAUACUCACCACACCAAGAAAUGAUAUAAAUAUUGACAGCCAAAUAUCAAAAAAUUCAGGAUCACCACAUACGAACAGAAAAACACCAGAACGAACAGCGAGUUCGAUACUAAGACAUGCUAGAUUGUCUAAAGAAAUAUUGGAGCACGUAAAAAAACAUAGACCUUCUCCAAAAACAAAAACGAAAAUGAAAUUUAAAGGAACUCAACCCGUGGAAAAAUUGCUCUUAAAAGCUAACGGGAAAUUAGUACAAUCUGUAAAUGAUGUCAAUCGAAACUUAAAUUUUUCUAAAAAGAGAUUGGAAAUAAAACAAAAUGUUUCCAUCUACAAUCGUGAUACAUACGUUAUAGUUAACCCCGAACCUACUAAAAGUACUCGCUCUAAGCAAGAUAGAAGCACCUCAAAAAGUAACAACUCUACUGAGACUUCAAACUUACAAAAUGUCAAAACCAUAAGACCAAAUGUCAUCGAUGACAGUACUUAUGUUUGUCCUGAUAAUUCUGAAGAAAACGAAUAUUUACUUCUUCCUUAUGUUCCUAAUAGCAGCGAGGAAAGAGAGAAUAGAGCUGAGUUAAAAAAUCGGAAUAGUCUUUAUGAAGAAAGUUCUCUAGAGUCUGUACAAGUUUUGGAGGACGUAUCAAGUGACGAAUCUAUGAAACCAUCACUAAGGAAAGAAAAACACCCAAUGGCUUGCGAGUCACAUCAUGACCCCCAAAGAAAUGUCGAUGGAGAACAAAAUGUAUCACAAACUACUAAUAAAUCGGAAUACAUGUCACAUAGAUUGGAAAAAACCUGGGAGUCUCAUAUUAUUCGCAAGGGGCUCAGAAGCUCAAAGUUUGAAACUUCUCAUUAUAUCCCCGUUAAGGAUUUGACAGAGUAUCCAUCACAAUUCAAUCACAAAAGCUAUCCGAAACAAUACUCUCGACAGAAAAAUGAAUUAAAAACUAUGCCCCUAAGCCCGAAACGCAAUCAUGCACAAAUACGAGAUACCUCAAAAUUAUUGGUAUCAAAUCAAGGUCUUCAACCAAGUAAAAUAGUAGGUAGGCAACGAAAUGUUUUGACACAAUACACAUCAGAUAAAAAUAUCACAAGGGAUCAGUUCCAUAAGAGUGAUUCAAUUAAUAGUAAUUUCAGACAAGAAAAUCUAUCGCAAAAACGAAAUGUCCUUAACAUUACUCCGAGUUUAAAACAAAACCAAGAUACUGAAAAAUUGGUUUCAACACAUUCAUUUUUAGACCAAAACCAUAGGAAGGGUCAGUCGUUUACAGUCUAUCCAGAAAGGAAUAGUUUCGAAGAUAGCUUGCUGAAUACGAAUUUCGAAGAUACUAGCGAUGCAGAGAGUGAAAUUUCUGUCUCUAAACUAUCGCAGCAAAACGAAACGGAAGAAAAAUGCUUAGACGAAGAACUUUUUCAACAUUCCAGUCCAGUAAACACGUCAAAAUCCUCACUGAAGGAUGUUUUCGAACAAAAAGAAGUACUCUACCCAAAACGCUCACAAGAUUAUGAAAAGAAUGCAUUCAAAACGUUUCCUUUAGAGAAACUAACCAAAGAAGAACCCGGCCCGGGCGCCAUUUUCAAAACACCUGUUUUGACAAAUUCUGAAACAGAAAACAAAAAGCUGUCAAAUUCACAUGCAAUAGAAGCUACAGUUGGAAAUGAUAAAUUUCAACAAGACACUCAGCAAAUCAACAACAAAGAAAAAAUUAGAAAUUCGGAAGACUCGAGUUUGACAACAGUUUUUGGGAAACCUAGAACAAAAUUAACAUACUCCGAUAACGAAUUGAUUCAAGAAAAAAUUUUUAAACAAGGGCCAUAUGAUUUGAAAUCAAAAUCAUUUUGUCAUCAAUCGAACACCAAAGUGCCGAAAAAGAAUGCUAAGAUAGAUCAACCGCAGAUAACGAAAUGGAAGAAAGAGCACCACAACAAACGCCCAUUACUUGUACAUAAAGAGCAAAUAGAUUCACAAGAGAGUGAAUUGACAACAUCAACAAAGGCAUCUGAAUUAAAGUUCACUUCAAAAGGUACUGUUGAUAAAACAGACUUAGUUCAGGUUUUAUUACCUAUCGAAGCAAGAAAAAAUGACACUCGAAAAUCUCCACCACUAAGUGAAUCGAAAAUAUCAACUAAAAACUUAUUUUAUAAGAUUGAACCAGAACCAAUUUCCCAAAAGAGUUCUUCACUAGCCAGUAUAUCUGUUGAAAACAGCUUUGCAAUAGACAAACGUGAAAAUUCUGAGUUGGGCGCCAUAUCAGGAGCUUAUUCUAAUGACCAUGAUUUGCUUACCAAUACAUCGCCUGUGUACAAACGUAAAGAAACCUCAAAAGAAAGUCAAACAAUUCAUUUAAAAUCCGAAUCCAACCAUAAUGCUUCCAAAAAAGUUAAAGCAAAUUACACACAAAAAUACGAUUCAAAAUUAGGAGCCGUUCCGAAAACGAAAACAAGGGAAGAUGAUUUUAAUCUCAAAUCGAGGUUUAAUAAAAGCAGUCUUUCACCAAGAGCUCCACAAUUUGAUCAUACGAAAUUCAAAUCGCAUCAAAAUGCUUAUAUAAAUACUUCAAAGUCACAAUCAACACUUGACCUUGUAGAUUUGGAAACCGUUCCGAAAACAAGUAUUUCAACAAAAGGAAUGUCUUUGAAUCUUGACACAGACCUGGACAAGGACAAACCAGAAGCACAAAAAGAGUUUGAGAAGAAACCUUCUGAUAAGGAAAUUUCAACACUUCGAUCAAAACCAAGUGGUUCGGAAUUGGGCGCCAUUCCAAAAGUGAAUCAAAGAGAUUUCAAAUUUGUAGCAAACUCAAGUUCUCUUUCAUUAUGUGCUCUACCAACAAUGAAUAAGGACUUUACUCGAAAGUUACCACAUAGCUACACAGAAUUAAAUCACUCUAUUGGAGAAACAUUCUUAGAGCAUAAAUCAAACCAAUUACUACAUAAGGAGGAACAACUGGAAGCAAAUGAUAAAAACUACAAAGACGAUUUAACAGAAUCUCAAUUUAAAAUUUAUAAGGCAACAGAACAUCUUCCUCGAGAUGAUAUAAAACAAUCAGUCUCUCAGGAAAAACAUGAAAAAUUAAUUCAGGGACAACCCACAGUAAAAACUAACAAAUCUUCAAGUGAUCAGUAUUCAGAAUUAUUUUUGAAUCAAAAAGAUGAAGUAAAAAAUAGUAUCCGGACCUCACAAUCAAAAUUUAAGCAAAAUUUAAUAUUUUCAAUACCAUCUAAACCAGCAGCUAAAAAACUACAAGUUAAGUCAUCAACCGGCGUAUUUGGUACAGCUAAACGAGAUUCAAAUGACAUAUCAUCUGGACGCAAAUUUAGUUCAAUUUCGGCUUUCAAUUUGAAAAAAGAGAUAAAAAAUGAGAUCCCAACAAAAAUAGACAAAUUUCAUAUUUCCAACCAAAUUAAGCCAAACAUACUCUAUUCAAAUAAGCUAAGUUCAUUUCCAGAACCUGAAGAAGGGCGGACAUCAUCUGUCAUUGUUAAUGCAGAACUGUCAAAUAAUCAGACUGAAAAUAAGAUGAAUGAGAGAUUCGAUCAGAACUCUUUAAAAAGCAGGGAUGGUAGUAGAUUAAAUGAAACAAACGAAAAAGUAGUCAACAGUGAAGACCACAUUUUUCUCUCUGACACUUUUAAUGUAAAUAUCCCUAUCGAAGGUGUUUCGCUAGAGGUUUCAGAUUUAAUACAACACUUGCAAAAUCGGGUUAAGGAUUGUGAUCAAAAUGUCAAAAAUCAUUUAAAAACAUUGGAAAAACUUAAAACAAAUUGCAAAAAUGUUGAGUCAGAAGAAAAGAAAGAAGAAAUGACAACAGUAGGAGAUUUGAAAGAUAUGACAGCUGAAGAACCGUUAACUAGAGAAGAUUAUUUCCAAAGUGACAUAAAUGGAGAAAAUAGCUGUCAUUGCAUUUUCUGCGGAGAAGUUCAAACAACCCUAGAUGAUUCAGAGGAAAUACCAUCAUUUACUGGUUGUGAUUGUAUGAAAGAAGAUUAUUACGAUAUUAUGCGAAUAGCUUACAACAAAUAAUGUUAAUUAAAAAAAAAUAAACUAUUAAUACUUUAAAUAUAUGAAUUGAUUUUACAAGAAAAAUGCUUUUGAAA